AUGAAGUGCGAGCUGCAAGAGCCGUCGCCGCCCAUGAGCUGGCGCAGCGUCGCGCUCUCCUUGGUCGUCGCCGACUUUACGGCCUUCCUCCUCCGCAUCGCACUCGAGGUCUACCACUAUACUGUCAUGACCCUCGUGCACCCGUGGCUACUCGACGCUGCGACCUUUCUUUCCGUACAUGCGCGCAUCAAGGACGACCAGCCCGUCGACGGCGCCUUCCGCGGCUACCAUGUGGCCAGCUGGGUCAUCUACGCCAUCGCACUCGUGGGGUCCAUGGCCGCGAGUCUCGAGCUGCGGACGCCGAUUGUCAUGAGCAGUCUCUCGAUCACAUGUCUCUGCUUCAUCGCUGAGAUGUUUAUGGUGUCGUCGAUCCUCGUGCUCGAGAAGGCCGAAAACGGCGCCGCACCGCUCUUCCUCCACCACUACAUCCACUUGCUCGCGGUCGUCGGCGCGUGCAUCUUGGCCAUGGUCGCCGACGCGUCAAUCGGCUCGCUAUCAUCCGACGCGUCGUUUGGCUCGCUGCUGUUGUGCGUUGCCGCAGUCACGAGUACGUACGGUCUCGGCGGUAUCAUUUCCAAGGACACGCCGGGCUGGCGCUUCUUCCAGCCAUUCCGGGGCGGCGGUCGCUUCGUCCGCCUCCAGUUCAUGGCCUGGACAACCUUUUCCAUCUCACUGCUGCUGCAGACGCUCUUCCUCCUCUCGUUUCUCGUCAUCGAGCUGGAAGUUGUCGUGGGUCUCAUGGGCUACGCGGCAGCCUCGGCGCUCUUCUCGCAGCUGAGUAUGAUGGUGAGCCUCCACGUGUACCAAGGCCCCGAAGUCCCCGCCCCCGUGACGCCGUGUUCGCUCGACUUGGCCGUCACGACGCUCCUUUGCAACCUCACGCUUUUCGGGUACCUCCCGUUUACAAUUCCGUUCAUGUACUCGGACCUCUCGUGGCGCGCGGCAGCGGUCUACAGCGCGUCGUACAUUGCGGGCACAACCAUCAUGGCGAUCGCGAUGCCGUCCAUGACGGCGUACUACGACCGUGUCACUAGCAAACGCGCGUCGGCCAAGUACCAUCCCAAGGUGUGGCUGUGCCCCAUCUUCUUCUACAGUCUCCCGCUCGCGUCCAUCCUCUACCACUACGUGCACGCGCUUCCUGCGCUCGCAUCGACGAUCGUCAUGGGUGUCGCGUGGUACCUCUACUACAUUGGCACGAUGGUGGGCAUGCCGGCGCAAACCGGCUGUCGCUUUCGCCGAUCGUUUAUCGCAACUGGAAACCCCGUCAUGGAGGCGGUCGCGCGCUACUUUUCAGCGACAGUGCUAGCUUCGGGGCCAUUGGACCCGUCGGCCACGUACGUAUUUGGCUUCCACCCGCACGGCAUCACGCCGCUCACGGUCAUGUGGCUCCAGUUCUCGUCGUCGUGGCGAGCCUUGUACCCGAAUGUGUUUGCGUGCCCGCUCUCGGCGUCCGUCGUGCACUACAUUCCGCUCCUGCGCGAUGCUAUCCAGCUCUUUGGGGCGCGCGAGGUUUCCCGUAGGACGUUUGCCGCGUCGCUCGCGUCGCAGCAGUCGAUCAUGGUCGUGCCCGGCGGCCAAGCAGAGAUGCUCCAGUCGCACUCGGGCAUGCGCCAAGUGCGCGUGUACACGGGUCACCGCGGGUUUCUUCGGCUGGCGCUCGAGCACGGCACACCGCUGGUGCCCGUGCUCAGCUUCCAGGAAGGCGAGGUCCUCGACAACGUCCAGUACCCUGCGCUGCAGCAGUGGAGUGUGAAGAAAUUCGCGGUCCCGUGCCCGUUCUUCCCGUACGGACGCUUUUACCUUCCGAUCCCGCGGCGGGUGCCCAUGACGGUGGCUGUCGGCGCACCGAUUCCCGUCACCAAGUGCGAUGCGCCGACGACCGACGACGUCCGUCGGCUCCACGAGGUUUACUUUACGGCGCUCCGAACGCUCUUCAAUACGCACAAGGCGGCGGCGGGCUGCGACGACUUUGAGCUCGUGUACAUUGAGCCCUCAAAACAUGAAUAA